GUGCGCAGUCAUCAUUGUAAACCAAACGUACGCUAAGCGGUAACAAAACCCUUCGCGCAUUUAGGGAAAAAAAACGACCUAGUCUUAGCCGGUAGUGUGUAAGCCUAGCGAUGAGCAGACACGCCAAUGGAGUCGUAAACGAAGGCCUGGACAAAAACGAAUCGGUCCUAAACGGCACGAGAACAGACGAAAGGCCAGGAAUAGAAAACACGUCGGUCUCGCUGGAGAUCAAUGAGAAGCCCGAAGAACGUGAAUCUUGGGGAAAUAAACUUGAAUUUCUUUUAGCGACCAUUGGGUUCGCCGUCGGUCUCGGAAAUGUUUGGCGCUUCCCGUAUCUCUGUCAGAAAAACGGAGGAGGUGCCUUCCUCAUUCCAUAUUUCAUAUCCCUGAUCGUCCUGGGUAUCCCUUUGUUUCUCAUUGAACUUGGGAUGGGACAACGGUUACGUCAAGCGUCGAUCGGGGUCUGGAACGAGGUCAGUCCAUAUUUGGGUGGAAUAGGUGUGACGUCGUUAGUCGCGUCCUGUUUCAUCUCCAUUUACUACAACAUGAUCGUUGCCUGGUGCUUCUACUAUCUCUUCAUAUCCUUCCAAGAUCCCCUGCCGUUCCAGGAUUGCCCUACCAAUGACUGGGGUAAUGCGACCGACCCAGAGUGCCACGUUGCAGGAGAGACCUCGUACUACUGGUACAGGAAAGCCUUGAAUCUCUCGCCUUCCAUAACCGAACCUGGCGAAGUUCAAUGGCAUUUGGCGUUGGUCUUACUCCUGGCUUGGCUGAUUGUUUUCUUGUGCACAAUGAAAGGCGUUAAAUCCACCGGCAAGGCCGUCUACGUAACCGCGCUUUUUCCCUAUGUUGUCCUCAUCAUUUUUUUCUUCCGCGCUGUGACUCUGGAUGGGGCUGGGGAAGGCCUGAAACGAAUGUUCACGCCAAAGUUCGAGGAACUGGGUAAGGCAAGAGUUUGGCUGGAGGCUGCGACGCAGAUUUUCUUCUCUCUAAGUUUAUCAUUUGGUGGUCUGAUCGCGAUGGCGAGUUUCAAUCCAGUGAAAAAUAACUGCAAGAAAGACGCCAUCAUGGUGUCGCUCAUCAACUGUGGGACCUCCGUGUUCGCCAGUAUCGUCGUUUUCAGCGUUCUUGGAUUCAAGGCCAAGACUGCGCUUGGGGAAUGUUUGGAUGAAGAAAAAGCAAAAAAUCUAACAGCCAACUCUACUUGUAAAAGCCUUGACGAGUACUUGAGUGACGUGGCCCAAGGAACUGGAUUGUCAUUCAUCGCAUUCACUGAAGCAAUUACGAAAAUGCCAGCCCCACAAGUUUGGUCUGUGCUGUUCUUCCUUAUGUUAAUAACGUUGGGAAUGGGCAGCAUGUUCGGUAAUAUUGCUGGUGUUGUCUCGCCAAUCCAUGACUUGGGUUUACUGAAGAUCAGAAAGGAAUUCCUCACUGCAAUUAUGUCUGCAGUUUUAUUUUUAAUUGGCCUGCUGUUGUGCCAGAAUUCAGGGGAGUAUUGGCUGCAACUUUUCGAUUCUUACUCCUUAAACCUCGCGCUAUUGUGGGUCGCCUUUUUUCACCUCAUCGGCAUGAACUUUUUUUACGGUACAGAAAGGUUUAUGGGUGAUAUUGAGUUUAUGACUGGUACAAGACCUGGACUGUAUUGGUUGAUCACUUGGCGGUACCUGGGUCCAGUACUUGGCGCUCUUCUCUUCUUUGCUGGCCUUUAUGACAUGGGUAAAGAUGGAAUUGGGUACUCCGUUUGGUUGAAAGAUAAGGGUAAAACGGAGAGGAUCGAUUUUCCGGCAUGGGGUGAGGCCAUGGUCAUCAUAUUUGUCUGUUUCGCGCUAAUUUGGAUCCCUCUACUGGCGAUUCUUCGCUUCUUCGGACUUUGCUCGUACAAGGGCAGGACGACGGAUCAUCGUUUCCAGACGACCACUUCAACACUUGAACUUUGUAAUCAAGAAAAACAAGAUUUCGACAGCAAAUUGUAAAUAAAAUGUAAUGUAAAACUUCCUUGAAAUAAAAUCCGCGAAAAAAUGAACUUGUAUAUAUAUAUAGGCAUAGCCUGUAUAUAUUAUACGUCUGUGGACAGCCUAGUAUAGGUAUAGCAAAUUUUUGGCGGCUUUUUUUUGCAAUUUGCUACCAGCUCGGUGUCAGUGCUUCCUAAUUCUUAUCGAAUAACAAUCGGAGUCAAUCUCAAGUUUAAAAAUACCUUACAAAAUGUCUGAGAUUGUUUAUUUGUUAUGAAACAACAGGCGCUUUUAAUGGCUAGAACGGUUAAUUUGUGAUAAAUUUUUUCACAGUUCUUUCCAUGUAAAUAUUUCACAAUUGCAGCGUGCUAAAUCUAGCAGUGACUUUUUUAUCCGAGUUUGAGGGAUGUCACUAU